UCCCUUUCAUUUCCGAAUGAUUAACAAUCAAAUAUGCCAAUAUUUGAGUACACAAAAUGAAAAGUUUGGGUGAUAUGGGACACCCUUGUCUAAUGCCUCGAUGAAAUUUUAUUUUAGGGGGCAUUCCUGGAUUAAGAGAGAUAUAGUUUAUUAUGUCAUUAUAGAACAUUUUAAUGAUCGCACAGAAUUUAAUCCCAAACCCAAAUUUUUCAAGUGUUUUGAUCAGAAAUGUAUGUUCUAUAGAGUCAAAUGCUUUGAAAAAAUCAAUGAACAGAAUAAAGCCUUCUGUUUCAAGGAGGGAUUGAUAGUCUAGCAUAUCUAAUAUUAGUCUGAUGUUACACUGGCUCUACAUAGGCCCUUUUUUGUGAGUUUUGCAGCCACCAUAGUUUCUCCUCUGCACUUCACAGCCUGUUCUCAAUCCCAGGUCAUCAAAUACAGAUGCCACUAAAUACACUCUGGACCUUUAAUAGUGGUAUAUUUUUUGGAGAAGCUGACAUUACCAGGAAUAAAUGCACAAAUAAACACAUUAGGAAUUACAUACAGACUGUAACUCUGCCCUCAGGAAGAUUCUUUUGAAUUUAGCUCAAUGGAGAAAUUGGCACAACAUCUUUGUCCGAGUAAUACAGUUAAAGAGGUUUCUUUGGAAAUCUCACAUGCAGCAAAAAAAGGGAAAAAAUGAAUGAGAAAAAGAACUGGAUGUUAAGGUAUCUUUCUCGAACCUUCUCGAUACACAGAUCAAAAUUGUAGCUUUAAAAGUUAGGCAAUCCGUACUACGUCAUCAAACGUUGACGGAACAAGGUCGGUCACAUGUUGUAGAAAGCUCCAGAUCAACAUGGCCGUCUGCUUGAAGAUGCUCGGCGCUGCGAGACAGCUGAGCAGAAAUUCUGCACUUGUUGUCAAACGAAACCGGCCCGGGACGUUUAAGACCUGCGGCGGUCUGCCCCCCCAGACCGUCACAUCCACUCCGAGCCGCCUCCAGUCACCACGGUUCUACAGCAGCACCGGGACCUCACAGAACACAUGCCCCAACCGCUUCCCUAACAUUCAAGUCAGCGCAGUGAUGACAGCUGGCUGUAGGCUGAGCGCCGGGUCUCACCGCUGGAUGCGGGUGGGGGCCGUUGUCCGCGGCCAAACCGAUCUCCUCACACCGACCUCCAGACCCUUCAUGAUACAGGACCGAAUGUUCGGGAAUCGGGCCAGUGGUGCAGGCUUUUCCGGGGAGGACGGCGGGGACAGUGCAGGCUCAGGGGGAGAAGAGUCUGGGGGAGAUGGGGGAGUGCCGUAUAACGGACCUCAGAUGACGGCCCUUACCCCCAUGAUGGUCCCAGAGGUGUUUCCCAAUGUGCCGCUGAUCGCUGUGAGCAGGAACCCGGUGUUCCCCCGCUUCAUCAAGAUCAUAGAGGUAAAGAACAAAGCACUGAUGGAGCUGUUGAGGAGGAAGGUUCGUCUGGCUCAGCCGUAUGCUGGAGUCUUCCUGAAGAGAGACGAUAAUAAUGAGUCAGAUGUGGUGGAGUCUCUAGAUGCCAUCUACUCUACAGGAACUUUUGUUCAGAUUCAUGAGAUGCAGGACCUGGGAGACAAGCUGAGGAUGAUCGUCAUGGGACACCGCAGGAUCCGGAUCACAAAACAGCUGGAGGUGGAGCCUGAGGAAGCAGCGACUUCCCCUGAGUGGUCAGAGUCUGAGGCAGAGUCCCAACCAAAACCUCAGAGACGGAAAGCAAAACGUAGCCGCAAGGACCAACCAGGAGCUCUGACAGAGCAGUUGGGGGACAAGGUCUGUAACGUGACCCACAUCUGUAAUCCUCUACACUUGCUAGAGUCGGUCCUCCAGAUGAUGCAGGCUGGUCAGAGAGUGGUUGAUAAUCCCAUUUACCUGAGCGACAUGGGAGCAGCUCUGACAGGAGCAGAGUCACAUGAACUACAAGAUGUCCUGGAGGAGAUCAAUAUCCCGAAGCGUCUCUACAAGGCUCUGUCUCUGCUGAAGAAGGAGUAUGAGCUGAGCAAACUGCAGCAGCGACUGGGCCGAGAGGUGGAAGAGAAGAUCAAACAGACUCACAGGAAAUACUUGCUCCAGGAGCAGCUCAAGAUCAUUAAGAAGGUAGAGGACUCUGUCACUCUGUCACUGUGUCUGUCAGAACACUGCCUGCAGCAGACCCUUGUAUCCUGGGAAUUGUGCUGGAGAAUGAUGAUGAAAAUUAGUCUUCAUCUGACCUGCCAUUACCAGGUGGAUAAGAUUGGUCGUGGUUACCAGGGCGACCCAUCCUCUGCCUUGCUGGAGCUUCUGGAUCCUGAACAGAAUGCCAACUUCCUCGACCACUACCUUGAUGUCCCUGUAGAUCUGUCAAAGGUUUUGUUUAUCUGCACGGCCAAUGUGAUCGACACCAUCCCAGAGCCUCUCAGAGACAGGAUGGAGAUGAUCAAUGUAUCUGGAUAUGUGGCCCAGGAGAAACUGGCUAUCGCUGAGCGUUAUCUGGUCCCCCAGCUCCGCUCUCUAUGCGGUCUGACUGAGGAGAAGGCCUCACUCUCAUCUGACGCCCUCAGUCUGCUAAUCAAGCAGUAUUGCAGAGAAUCUGGAGUCAGGAACCUACAGAAACAAGUUGAAAAGGUGUUCCGUAAGGUGGCAUUCAGCAUUGUCAGCGGUGAGCAAGCCACAGUAAUCGUUACACCUGACAACCUGCAGGACUACGUGGGUAAACCUGUUUUCACAGUUGAUCGGAUGUACAAUGUCACCCCACCAGGAGUGGUUAUGGGGUUGGCAUGGACCGCUAUGGGAGGGUCGACACUGUUUAUUGAGACCUCACUGCGCCGUCCCUCUGGAGGAGAGGAUUCUAAAGGAGAGGGGUCACUGGAGGUUACAGGUCAGCUGGGUGAUGUGAUGAAGGAAAGUGCAAAGAUUGCUUCAACCUUUGCCAGAACCUUCCUGAUGACCAAAGAACCAGAAAAUCACUUCCUGGUCAACUCCCACCUGCACCUGCAUGUUCCUGAGGGGGCGACUCCAAAAGAUGGACCAAGUGCUGGCUGCACCAUUGUCACAGCCCUGUUGUCCUUGGCAACCAAUCAGCCAGUGCGUCAGAAUGUAGCAAUGACUGGUGAAGUUUCACUGACUGGCAAAAUACUGCCAGUAGGUGGAAUCAAAGAGAAAACUAUUGCUGCCCGUCGUGCUGGUGUGACCUGCAUCAUCCUGCCAGCUGAGAACAGGAAGGACUUCUCUGACCUGCAGGACUACAUCACCCAGGGCCUGGAGGUCCAUUUUGUGGAUCACUACAGUCAAAUAUACCCUAUCGCUUUCCCACAGACCCAGUCGUAACCUGCUUCCAACUACAGUGAUGAAACAAAGCCAAGAUAGACUAGGAUUUGGGACUACAAAACCCAGACCCUGUUUGUUGACACAUGACACUGAUAACACUGUAAUUCUGGGUGUAGUUAGUAAAAGCCCCCUAUUGCUUUUUGACUGAUUCAGCCAAUGCAGUUGGGACUCUGAGGUCCUGCUGUUGAAACUGUCACUAUGUUGUUCCAGAAUCAUUCGGGGGAAAUAUAAUUAAGUUUCAACCACCACAGGUCCCCCGAAUAUACGAGGACCGCCACGUGCUAAAGGACAGCAUCACUGGACUGAAAGCAAGCAGCCGACUGUGUACACAGUGAAAUAAUGGUGGUGAUGAACACUGACCUGUCAUUACAGAAUAUGAUGUCUUCGAUGGGUAGAGGUUGAGGCGGCAACUUUGCUGCCGGGCAGCUUCUUUAUCCACAGUUUUCGACACACAGGACUGUGGAUGGACUCUUUCAUAGAUUUCUUAUAUUGUUUUAUAUUAUUAUUGGACAGAUGUGAUGAUGAUGAAAUAAAUUAAAUUAUAAUCAGA